ACGUUCAUGGAAGGUGGCUUUGAAAUCAUCGAGGAGCAAGAUCCUAUCACCGUGAUGUCCGUUUUAAUAGUAGGCACCUUCCUGUCGUUGCUGAUCUUCCUCUCGGUGGCAGGCAACAUCCUGGUGUGCGUGGCAAUCUACACAGACAGGGGCCUACGCCGGAUAGGGAACCUCUUCUUGGCAUCUCUGGCGAUCGCCGACCUCUUUGUGGCCUCUCUAGUGAUGACAUUCGCUGGGGUUAACGACAUAUUAGGAUACUGGAUUUUUGGAGCUCAAUUCUGUGACACUUGGGUGGCCUUCGACGUCAUGUGCUCAACGGCUAGCAUAUUAAAUCUGUGCGCCAUCUCGUUAGAUAGAUAUAUACAUAUUAAAGACCCCCUACGGUACGGCAGGUGGGUGACAAGACGGGUGGCCCUGGGAACAAUAGCCACGAUAUGGCUUCUGGCCGCUCUCAUUUCGUUCGUCCCCAUCUCCCUCGGUCUGCACCGGCCGCCCCAGCCCUUGGUGUACAACGCUGGGGGGCAGAACUACCCCACGUGCGCCUUGGAUCUCACUCCCACCUACGCCGUCGUCUCCAGCUGCAUUUCUUUCUACGUUCCAUGCAUUGUUAUGAUAGGCAUAUACUGCAGACUGUACUGUUACGCUCAAAAACACGUGAAGAACAUACGAGCAAUCACGAGGCCGAUCGAUCUGCCUGACUCCAACACGAUUUCGAAGAAGAAGAGCACGAAACAAAAGAACAAAGCGCUUCACAUUCACCUGCACAACCAUCAUAGUAGUCCGUACCACGUCAGCGACCACAAGGCUGCCGUUACUGUAGGCAUCAUAAUGGGCGUCUUUCUAAUCUGCUGGGUUCCCUUCUUCUGCAUCAACAUCGUGGCGGCUUUCUGCAAAACCUGCAUCCCGGACAUCACCUUCAAGAUCCUCACUUGGUUGGGGUACUCCAACUCCGCCUUCAAUCCCAUCAUUUACUCCAUCUUCAACACCGAGUUCCGAGAGGCGUUUAAACGAAUCCUGACGGCGCACUAUCCGGCUUGCUGCAAAUGCGGCUACCAGUCCGUUUCGCUCAACAAUGACAAGUUCAUCACCGACUACGGCACCAAGACCUUGGUGGUAGCAAGGAGGAACGGCUCGUUUGGCGAGUUUUCCAGCGAGCACCUAAGCUGCGACUCCGUGAGGCAAACAAGGAUAAAUUCCUCCGAAAAAGAUAUGUUCAGGGAAGACAUCAGUGCCAUUUGACAGGACUGUGAUCAUUUACAGGACACUAUGGUUUAGAUUAGGACAAUUUUAAAGAGAAUUUAGUCUAGAUUUGGCCAAUGGGUUUCUCGG